AAAAGCGAGUCGAGAAAGAGAUUCUCGCGUGAAUAGUGGCACGAAUGGAAGAUUCUCACUUGCCGUGUUAUCAUCAAAACCGGCUUUUUAAGCGAUCUGAUUGGACAUUUGUCAAAAGCUGCAGGAUCGCCACUAUUUUGACUGUGUCUUGCAAAAAAAUCAAUAAUUCCUCAUCAAGUCGAGGUUAUUUUACUUUAACCGAUAUUCGGACCGGUACUUAGCGUGCUGCUAUUAGCUACAUGCUAACGAAGGUACAACGUGAACGGGAAUAUAAAUAUCGUAUUUUAAUAUAACAACAAUGAAGUGCCAUUACGAAGUCCUGGGAGUGAAACGGGACGCGGACGACGACGAUCUGAAGAAAGCAUAUCGUAAAUUAGCCCUGAAAUGGCAUCCUGAUAAGAACUUGGAUAAGGCCGAGGAAGCAGCCGAGCACUUCAAGCUGAUUCAGGCAGCCUAUGAUGUCCUGAGUGACCCACAAGAGAGAGCAUGGUAUGACAAUCAUAGGGAGGCUCUGCUGAAAGGCGGCCUGAGCGGCGACUACGAGGACGACAGCACCGACCUGCUACAAUUCUUUACUGUCACCGGUUACUCAGGCUACGGAGAUGAUGACAAGGGCUUCUAUGCAGUCUACAGAAAUCUAUUUGAAUCAAUCGUCAAGGAGGAGAUGGAGCACGGAAACGUGGAAGAUGACGAUGAUGACGAGGAGUUUCCGCCCUUUGGGGAUUCUCAGAGCGACUACGAUACAGUGGUCCACAUCUUCUACGGUUACUGGCAGAGCUUCUGUACACGGAAGAACUUUGCCUGGAAAGAGGAGUACGAUACGCGGCAGGCGUCCAACCGCUGGGAGAAGCGCGCCAUGGAGAAGGAGAACAAGAAGACCCGGGAGAAGGCGCGCAAGGAGCGUAACGAGCUGGUUCGCGAACUGGUGGCCUUCAUACGCAAGCGCGACCGCCGCGUACAGGCGCACCGCAAGGAGGUGGAGGAGCGCAAUGCAGAGAAGACCAAGAAAGCGCAAGAGCUGAGGCGCCAGCAGAAGCUCAGUCAGGCCAAGCUGGCAGAGGAGUACAAGGAGCAGAGCUGGGCGGCCAUGUCGGAGUUGGAGAAGGAGCUGCAGCAAAUGGAGGCUCAGUACGGGGAAGAGUUUGGAGACGCAUCGGAAAGUGAAGAUGAAGAGCUGGAAACACAGAAGACUGUUGAGGAACCGUUAGGUCCAGAUGGAGAGCAGCUGGAUGGAGACACCAUCAACCUCGAUUAUUAUGAUGAUCUCUACUGCCCAGCCUGCGACAAAUCCUUCAAAUCAGACAAAGCCAUGAGCAACCACGAGAGGUCCAAAAAGCACAAAGAGAUGGUUGCGUUACUCCGGCAACAGCUUCAACACGAUGAUUCACUCGCUCCAAACCUGGACCAACCAGAGGAUGUUGAGCAGGAAAGCAAACACUUAGCAGAUGAAGGAGAAGAGGAGGAAGAAGAUCUCCCAAGACAGAAAUUAUCCAAGAAGCAGAAGAAGAAAAAGAGGCAACAGAAGGCCGCCACAAGCACUUCAGCUGAAGAGCAGACGAAGUCCGCCUCAGAUGGUAAACCCAUUUCAGAAGAGUAUCCCGAAACCUUCACUGAAGAAGUCCAGGGAAAUACUCCAGAGGAGUCCUCGAACCCUACGGAAGCCGAGAAGGACGACCAGCUUCCUCCCGCUGAACCCAAGAGUUCCGUCACGUCCACAACCAAAAAGGCAGAGAGUAAAGACAAACCAAAUAAUGUCAAGGCACAUCCGGGAGGAGAACAGUUUCCUGAGAAGGCAGUAAAGCUGAGCUGCGUGACCUGUAACAGCGAGUUCUCCACCAGGAACAAACUUUUCGACCACCUUAAGUCCAGUGGCCACGCCACUGCUCUCUCCUCCAAUUCGACGGCCUCCGCCAGUCGGAGCAAGAAAGACAAGCGAAAGAACAGAUGACAACAAUUUUGGUGGACUCAAAUAGAAAUGGACUGCUGGCCAUCACAGCAUGCCGUCGUGCAUUUCACUUACUAAAUGAAUACAGUACAAUUAAAAAAAACACAAAAGUCAAUAUUAAAAAAAGGAAAAUGUU